AUGGGUUUCAAACUUCUCACGUUCUUCUUCUUUUUUCUGUUUUUGGUUCGCCCAGAAGCAACCUACAAGACUAAUGUCGUCGUGCUCACCUAUGUGGUCAUGAAGCUCCAGAAGCUGAUCUGGAUGACCUACAAAACUCGCAAAAACCAUCAAGAGGUCCACUACUACAUAGCACCAGGACAAGCUUUUGGAGUGCUCCCAUCCCAAACGUACCGCUCGUUUCGAUUUGCUUUGGACUUCAUUCUCAUAGUGGUGUACUCUCGCUUCAUCGCUCAAUUCUGCACCACAACUGAAACUCGUAACACCGUUGCAGCAUACACUGUGGUCUUCACAUUCCUGCACUCCUGGGAGCACCUCCUUUACGGAAUCUACGGAUUCGACAUUGUUCGCAACAGUAACCUGGCCUAA